UUGUUGAAAACCCUGGGAACAGAGGAGAAGUACUCCUCUUUGAAUGGCAGGACCUGCACGAUGUGGAGCUUCAGUUUUCUCCUCUUUUGGGGGUGUUGUGGUAUAUACUCCUGGGGAAUGUUCACAUCACCCUCACUGGAAUCAAUGACAAGGCGUGAACGGCCACGGCAGUCACCAUCGAAUCUUGAUGCGAAGGGGUGUACAGAUACCACCAUGUGUCCAGCGCAUGCAACCUGCACCAACACUUCAACAAGUUACUACUGCGCUUGCAAAGGAGGCUUCUUGUCCAGCAACGGAUUGAAGACAUUCCAGGGCCCAGGAGUGGAAUGCAAAGAUAUAGAUGAAUGCUCUCAGAGGCCCACACCAUGUGGCCCUAACUCAAUCUGCAGAAACCUGCCUGGGAGAUAUAGGUGCAGCUGUAGGACUGGCUUCUCUUCUCCCACUGGAAAUAACUGGACACCAGGAAAGGGAGGUCGCUUCACCUGUAGAGAUGUGGACGAAUGUGCCAAUUCCAGAAGUUGCCCAGAGCAUUCGACUUGCCACAACAGUCUUGGAAGCUACUCUUGUGUCUGCAACCCAGGAUAUGUAUCCAGAAGUGGAAAGAAGAGUUUCCAGGGACGAGGGGAGACAUGUCAAGAUAUAGAUGAAUGUUCUCAAAAGCCCCCACCUUGUGGUCCUAACUCAGUCUGCAGAAACCUGCCAGGAAAGUAUGAGUGCAGCUGUCUGACUGGUUUCUCUUCUCCCACCGGAAAUAACUGGAUCCCUGGAAAGCCGGGAAAUUUCACCUGUAAAGACAUUAAUGAAUGCCUCUCCCGUGGGGUCUGCCCUGAGCAUUCUGAGUGCACCAACUCUUUGGGAAGCUACCGUUGCAGCUGCAAAGUUGGAUUCACCUCUAAAAACUCCAUCUGUGAAGAUGUGGAUGAAUGUGCCAAUUCCAGAAGUUGCCCAGAGCAUUCGACUUGCCAUAACAGUCUUGGAAGCUACUCUUGCGUCUGCAACCCAGGAUAUGUAUCCAGAAGUGGAAAGAAGAGUUUCCAGGGACCAGGGGAGACGUGUCAAGAUAUAGAUGAAUGUUCUCAAAAGCCCCCACCUUGUGGUCCUAACUCAGUCUGCAGAAACCUGCCAGGAAAGUAUGAGUGCAGCUGUCUGACUGGUUUCUCUUCUCCCACCGGAAAUAACUGGAUCCCUGGAAAGCCGGGAAAUUUCACCUGUAAAGACAUUAAUGAAUGCCUCUCCCGUGGGGUCUGCCCUGAGCAUUCUGAGUGCACCAACUCUUUGGGAAGCUACCGUUGCAGCUGCAAAGUUGGAUUCACCUCUAAAAACUCCAUCUGUGAAGAUGUGGAUGAAUGUGCCAAUUCCAGAAGUUGCCCAGAGCAUUCGACUUGCCAUAACAGUCUUGGAAGCUACUCUUGCGUCUGCAACCCAGGAUAUGUAUCCAGAAGUGGAAAGAAGAGUUUCCAGGGACCAGGGGAGACGUGUCAAGAUAUAGAUGAAUGUUCUCAAAAGCCCCCACCUUGUGGUCCUAACUCAGUCUGCAGAAACCUGCCAGGAAAGUAUGAGUGCAGCUGUCUGACUGGUUUCUCUUUUCCCACCGGAAAUAACUGGAUCCCUGGAAAGCCGGGAAAUUUCACCUGUAAAGACAUUAAUGAAUGCCUCUCCCGUGGGGUCUGCCCUGAGCAUUCUGAGUGCACCAACUCUUUGGGAAGCUACCGUUGCAGCUGCAAAGUUGGAUUCACCUCUAAAAACUCCAUCUGUGAAGAUGUGGAUGAAUGUGCCAAUUCCAGAAGUUGCCCAGAGCAUUCGACUUGCCAUAACAGUCUUGGAAGCUACUCUUGCGUCUGCAACCCAGGAUAUGUAUCCAGAAGUGGAAAGAAGAGUUUCCAGGGACCAGGGGAGACGUGUCAAGAUAUAGAUGAAUGUUCUCAAAAGCCCCCACCUUGUGGUCCUAACUCAGUCUGCAGGAACCUGCCAGGAAAGUAUGAGUGCAGCUGUCUGACUGGUUUCUCUUCUCCCACCGGAAAUAACUGGAUCCCUGGAAAGCCGGGAAAUUUCACCUGUAAAGACAUUAAUGAAUGCCUCUCCCGUGGGGUCUGCCCUGAGCAUUCUGAGUGCACCAACUCUUUGGGAAGCUACCGUUGCAGCUGCAAAGUUGGAUUCACCUCUAAAAACUCCAUCUGUGAAGAUGUGAAUGAAUGUGCCAAUUCCAAAAGUUGCCCAGAGCAUUCGACUUGCCAUAACAGUCUGGGAAGCUACUCUUGCGUCUGCAACCCAGGAUAUGUAUCCAGAAGUGGAAAGAAGAGUUUCCAGGGGCCAGGGGAGACGUGUCAAGAUAUAGAUGAAUGUUCUCAAAAGCCCCCACCUUGUGGUCCUAACUCAGUCUGCAGAAACCUGCCAGGAAAGUAUGAGUGCAGCUGUCUGACUGGUUUCUCUUCUCCCACCGGAAAUAACUGGAUCCCUGGAAAGCCGGGAAAUUUCACCUGUAAAGACAUUAAUGAAUGCCUCUCCCGUGGGGUCUGCCCUGAGCAUUCUGAGUGCACCAACUCUUUGGGAAGCUACCGUUGCAGCUGCAAAGUUGGAUUCACCUCUAAAAACUCCAUCUGUGAAGAUGUGGAUGAAUGUGCCAAUUCCAAAAGUUGCCCAGAGCAUUCGACUUGCCAUAACAGUCUUGGAAACUACUCUUGUGUCUGCAAGGCAGGUUAUCAAUCCAGAAGUGGAAGGAAAAGUUUCCAGUGGCCAGGAGAGACGUGUGAAGAUAUAGAUGAAUGUUCUCAAAGGCCCCUACCUUGUGGUCCUAACUCAGUCUGCAGAAACCUGCCAGGAAGGUAUGAGUGCAGCUGUUUGACUGGUUUCUCGUCUCCCACUGGAAAUAAUUGGAUCCCUGGAAAGUCAGGUCAUUUUACCUGCACAGACAUUAAUGAAUGCCUCUCCCAUGGGGUCUGCCCUGAGCAUUCUGAGUGCACCAACUCUUUGGGAAGCUACCACUGCAGCUGCAAAGUUGGAUUCACCUCUAAAAACUCCAUCUGUGAAGAUGUGGAUGAAUGUGCCAAUCCCAGAAGCUGCCCAGAGCAUUCGACUUGCCACAACAGUCUUGGAAACUACUCUUGUGUCUGCAACACAGGAUAUGAAUCCAGAAGUGGAAAGAAGAAUUUCCAGGGACCAGGAGAAACAUGUGAAGAUGUGGAUGAAUGUUCCAGGAACUCAACUCUUUGUGGUCCCAGUUCUAUCUGCACCAACAUCCCAGGAAAAUACAGUUGCUCCUGCUUGCCGGGGUUCUUUUCACCUGGUGUGUGGAGCCCUGAAAAACCUGAGGCCUUCAAGUGUGCAGAUAUUGAUGAGUGCCUUCAGGAUCCCUCACGAUGCGGCCCAAAUUCUGUCUGUACCAACACCCCGGGCUCUUACAGCUGUGGCUGCAUUGUAGGUUUUCAACCCAAUCCAGAUGACUCCUGGAAACACGGCAACUUCAGCUGCCAAAGGAUUCCCUUCAAGUGUAAAGAUGAUGUGGUACCCGACAACAAGCAGGUCCAGUUAUGCCAUGUGGGAGCAGCAGUGGAGCCUAAAUAUGUUUCCUUUUGUGCCCUGAUGAAUGCCACCGUCGACAUUCUGGACAAUGUCUGUAAAAACAAAACCACUGUCGUCUCUUUGAAGAGUACGGCUAAGAGAUUUGCCUCUGUGAUUGAAAACACAUCCAAGUGGUCCAACUUCACCAAAGAAGAGACCUCUACACUGGCCACAGUCUUGCUGGAGAGCGUGAAAAGCACCACGUUGGCAGCUUUUCUGAAACCCUCAGCGAAUGUCAGUCAGACUAUUCAGACGGAACACUUAGAUAUCGAGAGGAAAGUGAUCGACAAAGAAUGUGCUAAGGAGAACGAGACAUUUAAGUUGAAAGCAAAAGGGGAUGAAAUGAAGAUUUGGUGUUCCACAAUCAAAGAAUCUGAAUCCACAGGGAUCAACGGGGUGGCUUUCGUUUCCUUUGCGGGUAUGGAGUCUGUUUUGGAUGAGCGCUUCUUGCAAGAUCUUCAGAACCCCUGGGCCAACUCCAAGAAGAAGCUGAAGAUGAAUUCUCGUGUUGUUGGGGGCAUCAUAACAGGAGGGAAGAAAGACGGGUUCUCUAAACCAGUCAUCUAUACUCUGGAGAACAUCAAGCCAAAGCAGGAUUUUGAGAGUGCUAUCUGCGUUUCCUGGAGACCAGAUGUGGAGGGAGGCAGAUGGACAACCUCAGGCUGUGUGCUCCUUGAAGCUUCCAAGACGCAUACUGUCUGCGGCUGUAAUCGAAUGGUGAACUUGGCCGUCAUCAUGGCUUCCGGGGAGCUCACGAUGGAGUUCACCCUGUACCUCAUCAGUCACGUGGGCACGAUCAUCUCACUGGUGUGUCUUGCCACGGCCAUCAUCACCUUCCUUGUGUGUCGCACCAUCCGAAACCAGAACACCUACGUCCACCUGCACCUCUGCAUAUGCCUCUUCUUGGCCAAGAUACUGUUUCUCACUGGUGCGGACAAGACCGACAACCAGAUGGGCUGCGCCCUCGUCGCAGGCUUUCUGCACUACCUUUUCCUUGCGUGCUUCUUCUGGAUGCUGGUGGAGGCUGUGAUGCUCUUCCUCAUGGUCAGGAACCUGAAAGUGGUGAAUUACUUCAGUACUCGGAACAUCAAGAUGCUGUAUCUCUGCACCUUUGGCUAUGGGCUCCCGGGGCUAGUGGUGGCUGUCUCUGCUGGCUUACAACCACAGGGUUAUGGGAUGUAUAAUCGCUGCUGGCUGAAUACAGAAACAGGGUUCAUCUGGAGCUUCCUGGGGCCAGUGUGCACAAUUAUAGUGGUCAACUGCAUCCUCCUGACUUGGACACUAUGUAUCCUGAGGCAGAAGCUUUCUAGUGUCAGUGCGGAAGUCUCCACACUCAAAGACACCAGGGUUGAAGUCCCUUCUUGCUUUCAAAUACACAAUGGAACAACAUCUCAGGAAAGCAGGUGCCUGCAGAAGCCUUCUCUGAAAUCUCUUCUCAGCUUAGUGUGGAAAUGCAGUAUCUCGCCAGCCCUAGAACUCUCUGGGCAAUUUGGAUUAUGGAUGAUUGGGUGGGGUGGUCUUCCCAUGGCUUCCUGCCCUGGUGAGAAAAGAAGAGCUUCUGUUCCAGCUUACCAUUUUAUCUUCCGUUUUCUGCAACUCUGACUUUUCAGAGUUUUGUGGAGAUAACAGAUCGCAGUGCAAUGGCAGGACCAAGGACCAAGGACCAAGGCUACCACUUUGAUUUGCUCUAAGUCCACUGAUGUGUGGCUUUAAGCAUGCCUCUCCAGCUUCUAUCACAUGCUUCACACACAGAGUAGCCCUCAAUAAAUGAUUUGUUUUCUGA